GCAAAGACAAAUUUGGCCACGUCUUCGCACAAUAAGUACGCCCCCAGAAAGCAAUGAGCUCCGCCAGAAUCAUCAGAGAAAAAGAUGGCGAUGAUGAUGAUGAAUCUGAAGCGAGCUGCAACCUCUGCAAUUCGAGCUUUCCCGGCUGCUCCUUCUUCCACCGGAGCUCUGGCUAGACACCUCCACGGUUCUGUGGGGGAGAGCAAGAAGAUCGUGGGAGUGUUCUACAAGGCCAACGAGUACGCCGAGAAGAACCCCAAUUUCCUGGGCUGCGCAGAGAAUGCUUUGGGGAUACGGAGCUGGCUGGAAUCUCAGGGCCACCAGUACAUCGUCACCGACGACAAAGAUGGACCCAACUCCGAGCUGGAGAAGCACAUCCCUGAUCUCCACGUUCUCAUAUCAACCCCAUUCCACCCUGCCUACGUGACGGCUGAGAGGAUCAAGAAGGCCAAAAACUUGCAGCUACUUCUCACCGCCGGAAUCGGAUCCGACCACAUCGACCUGCCGGCAGCUGCUGCAGCCGGGUUGACUGUUGCGGAGGUCACAGGGAGCAAUGUGGUCUCCGUUGCUGAGGAUGAGCUGAUGAGGAUUCUCAUCCUGAUGAGGAACUUCUUGCCUGGUUAUCACCAGGUGAUCAAUGGGGAGUGGGAUGUGGCUGGUAUAGCUUACAGGGCUUAUGAUCUUGAAGCUAAGACGAUUGGGACGGUUGGGUGUGGACGAAUCGGGAAGCUUUUGCUCCAGAGGCUUAAACCUUUUGGCUGUAAUCUGCUUUACCAUGAUCGGCUCAAGAUGGAGCCCGAUCUGGAGAAGCAGAUCGGAGCUAAGUUUGAGGAGGAUCUUGAUGCCAUGCUUCCCAAGUGUGAUGUAGUUGUCAUUAAUACCCCACUUACUGAGAAAACCAAGUGCGUGCUUGCAGUCCGGAUCGAGCUUUGCAAAUUUCAGUUCUUUCAGUACAGGGUUGAUCUGGGAAUGUUUGACAAAGAUAGGAUUUCCAAGAUGAAGAAAGGGGUUCUGAUCGUGAAUAAUGCUCGAGGAGCUAUAAUGGAUACACAAGCAGUUGUUGAUGGCUGCUCCAGUGGACAGAUUGGAGGUAACUCUGUAGAUUCCUAGAACUGACUCAGUAACCAAUAAUGUUUGCAAGUUCAUACCCUCUUACGCCGUGUUAACCUUUCGAAUAUGAGCAGGAUACAGUGGGGAUGUUUGGUAUCCACAGCCAGCUCCAAAGGACCAUCCUUGGCGUUACAUGCCAAACCAGGCAAUGACUCCCCACAUCUCCGGCACCACCAUUGAUGCACAGUUGAGGUAUGCUGCUGGAGUGAAGGAUAUGCUGGACAGAUACUUCAAGGGAGAAGAUUUCCCCGCACAGAAUUACAUAGUCAAGGAAGGCCAGCUUGCAAGCCAGUACAAGUGACCUCGCUUCCAAUGUCUCUUCUGCUUCUGCAUCUGCAUCGCGAAUAAUAAUGUGGCUCUAAGCAUGGUAGAGUUCAACUUGUAAUCCUUAGGCUAUGUAAUGGAAGACAAUCUCUGCAUAGGUCUCAAUAAACUUAACCGUUAAACAGAGAGAACCUUCUGAUGAAAAUGAUUUGGUCUUCAGAAAUUGGAUGGUGAAUUGGUGAUAAAUGUUGUAUGCCUUAGUGAUGGUUUAAAUUUCGCCAGCAAGAAUCAUUCAGCUAUUCGCAACCUGGUUCCGGUACAUCGGAUUCCAAGUAACAAGCAGGGACCUCUAUUCUCUUCAAUCAACUGCAAUCUGCUCCGGCAAGCAGAGAAGCGAAUGAACUCGUUGACAUUCUCAAUCAAGAACUCUUAGUAUGCACACAUACAAAUACUUUUUAACUAUCAUUGUUCUGCUGAAGGAACUGGAGAUCUUUCAUCUGCAAUUGAACAGCUUCUUUGGACAGCUGUUUGGCCUCUGGGACAUCCAUUCCAUCUAAACCUUCAGCAACUCUUGUUGCUUUCUCUUCCAGAAUCCUCUCCAUCUCUUUCGGCUUAACCAAUGGGAAAACCGCUGCCAACAUUACACUGAGAAGUCUCUUGUCUUCCUCUUCUAUAGGAUCCUUCCCAAAGCAACAAACAUAAAUUGCAUCUAACGCCUUCUCUGCUCGGGCCUCCAUCGGAACAAAAGGCGCUGCCCCUUUCGACUUUGAUCGUCUCUCUUUCGCUGCAUCCAUCAAAGCAAUGAAACUCUGCUCUUCGAAUUCAAUAUCGGUGGAAAUCCGAAGUCUUGCUACCCCUUCCAAAAUCUCUUCAGAUUUCAGGAGCCCUGCCCCUACAGCCGCCACCCAACAGCAAAGCAGAACAUAUAGAGGAUCCCCUGCCUACAAGGACGGGAAAACACUUUAAUCAAAUUUCAUUGCCGCAAAUGAUCGAACACCAGACGGGCAAGCAGAAUUACCUUGCCGCGCCUGUCCUUGAACUCGACAAAAGCUCUGGAGUCCAUAAUGGUGCAUUUCUUGCCGACCCUCCUUCUGAACUCCGCGAAAUCGAUGAGGUCGCUUCCGACUCCGCCUUCGUCGCUGAUAAUUCUGGCUAUGAGACCGACAACGGGGAGGGAACCGAUGACUUUGUUGGCGAAGCCGGAGAUGGAGUUGGGGUUCUCCAUGUAAGCUCUGACGGAGAGUAAUCCAUUCGAAUUCUGCGAGUGCCGAAUUCUGGGUACUGCGUAGUUUACGAAGAUUCUGUGCUGGAAGCUUUGCAGUAAUGGCGAAAUGGAAGAUAGGGAUGAAGGAGGUGAUGUCGGAGUAGUCACCACCAUGGCUGUGAAAGCAUAUGUGGCGGGUUAAUCUUUGAUUUCCCCGUGGUUUAUCGGCCGCACGUUUAUAUACGUUAUCCACAACGAGGAAUAGCAGUUAUAGGCUCAUGGGCCGAGUUUUUUAAUUGGGUUUGGCCCGUGAGACCGAAGUUGGUAAUUCUCCAGCGCGCCCUGAUAAAAUAUUUGUUUUUACUUUUUAGUGCCAUUUUCCUUCUUUUUUUUCUUUUGUCAUAUGGUGCCUAAAUCCAUUAUAUUAAUUGAAUCGGGAUAUAAAUAUCUCAUCAUGGCCAUAUCCCUAUGUAGAACAUAUUUUCAAG